CAGACUCCCGUAGAUAAAGCGAGCAAACCCGCAGCCCCCAACUCUCGCGGCCUCGUCUCACUUUCGCAUAGAAAACCGGCCGGAGGCUCAUCUUCCCCCUCUAUCUGUCGAAGUCUCGACGAUGGCUACCACCGCCGCAGCACCGCGUCAGCUCUCUCAGAAGGAGGCUGACAUUCAGAUGAUGUUGGCCGCCGAAGUCCAUCUGGGCACCAAAAACUGCGACUUUCAGAUGGAAAGAUACGUCUUCAAGAGACGCAACGAUGGAAUCUAUAUCAUUAAUCUUGGGAAAACAUGGGACAAGCUGCAGCUGGCAGCCAGAGUGAUUGUUGCAAUUGAAAACCCAAAGGAUAUCAUUGUGCAAUCCGCAAGGCCAUACGGUCAGAGGGCUGUACUGAAAUUUGCUCAGCACACUGGUGCCAAUGCAAUUGCUGGCAGGCACACUCCUGGUACUUUUACCAAUCAGCUCCAGACAUCGUUCAAUGAACCCCGUCUUCUCAUUUUGACCGAUCCACGAACUGACAGCCAGCCUAUUAAAGAAGCUGCUCUCGGAAACAUUCCCACCAUUGCUUUUUGUGACACCGAUUCUCCUAUGCGUUAUGUUGAUAUUGGCAUCCCAGCCAAUAACAAGGGCAAGCACAGCAUAGGAUGUCUUUUCUGGCUCCUAGCAAGGAUGGUCUUGCAAAUGCGUGGUUCACUCCUUCCUGGACACAAGUGGGAUGUUAUGGUUGAUCUAUUCUUCUAUAGAGACCCUGAGGAGGCCAAGGAAAAGGAAGAAGAAACUGCAGCAAUCGAGUAUGGAAACGAUUUCUCUGCACCUGUUGGUGGUGAUUGGUCUGCCCAAAUAUCUGAUGCUCAGUGGCCAACAGAUGCAUCUGCACCCAUCCCUGCAGCUCCUGGCUGGACCGUAGAAGCAGUACCAAUAGUAGCAGAUGGAUGGGAUUCGGCUGUUCCACCACCACAGGCUCUGGCUACUGCCCCCAUUGUUGAAGGUGGAGUUCCCGCUCCUACCGGCUGGGGGGAAUAAGGAAAUUUUGGUCACCACAAUGUGUUGAAUCAUUUUGUAAUCGGCUAGAUUUCUUCUUUUUUGGGUUUAGAAAAGGGAUUAUGAUUCCAUUUCUGAAAAAUGGAUUGGUUUUUAGACUGUUAAGCUGUAGAAUUGAGUUUUGUUGGAGAUGUUGACAUUGUUAUCCGUAUUAAUAUAUAUGCUUUCUUAACCAUC